UUUGCUUUACUCACCAUGAAAGCCACAGUCAUUGUGGCCUUCUUUGAUGUGUUUCUUGUGUGUACAUAUGCAGCUAAGGAAGCCACAAAGAAGACGAAAAAGACUAAGCUAUAUAUACCCCAGAUUGAUUGUGACGUCAAGGCAGGGAAGAUAAUCAAUCCAGAAUUCAUUGCAAAAUGCCCUCCCGGAUGUCAAGAUGUGAAACACCGUGUUUAUGGCACAGACAUUUAUGCUUCCUUUUCCAGUGUGUGUAAUGCUGCAAUUCACAGUGGUAUAAUUGACAACACAGGUGGGAAGAUCCUCGUCCAGAAAAUUGCUGGCCAUUCCAGUUACCGUGGGAGCUUCUCCAACGGGGUCCGGUCCCUGUCCCUGCCACGCUGGAGGGAGUCCUUCCUCGUCUCAGAAGGCAAACCAAGAAAAGGUGUGACGUAUCCAUCAACUCUUGAAUAUUCUUCUUCAAAAAGCACAGCUGUUAAAUCAGAGCCUAAAAAGCCAGAGCAAGACCUAAAAGCUCCGAAGAGUGCAGAUACCAUUAAUGCAUCAGAAAAAGCAUCAGAACAAGGGGGUACGGUCAGCAAAGAGCAUCAGACCUCUCUGGUGCCAACACCAGCUGCGGAGAUGGCCAUGACUACCCCAACGCCAACAACCACAACAACGGAUCAUUCCACCACAAUGCCGAAGCCAACCACAAAGCCUGCAGCAACCAGAGCUGCAACAGUUGUAGCUGCAGGCAAGACUAGACCUGGACUGUAUAGGGUCAGAGAUACAGGUUCUAGCAGUGUCCACCCAGCUUACUCAUCUGUGGUUGCAGGAACAUCAAGACAAGUUCAGGCUGCACAAGGAAGAGGACAGAAUACAGCAUUCAGGGGCACUUUCACCUCUGCAAGUAACAGGAAUAUUGUACAACCCAACACAGGCAUUCAGCGCCAAGAGCCUGUUGCUGCCUUCCAGAGGGCUGCCAGCUCUCCAGCUCACCUGGCAAUGGAAACAGACUUGUGGAAACCUGGAUUGAGCCUUUUUGACACAGGCUUCAGUUUGAAGGAAGAACUGAAUCCAAAGCCGCUGGAGUCCAUCUCCCAGGGGAACCCAAAUUGCAAGGUUGAUUUGUCGUUCUUGAUGGAUGGGAGCUGGAGCAUCGGCAAACGGCGCUUUCAGCUCCAGAAGCAAUUCCUCGGUAACAUGGCUCAAGCCCUUGGCAUUGGCAGCGCUGGUCCUCUGAUGGGCAUCGUUCAGUACGGCAAUGACCCUUCCAUAGAAUUUAACUUAAAUACUUAUGUCAACUCCAAGGACGUGAGAAAUGCCAUUGAGAACAUCCCACAGAAAGGUGGACUUUCCAAUGUUGGGAAGGCACUUUCAUUUGUUACCAAACACUUCUUUUCUGAUGCUAAUGGGAACCGAGGUGGAGCGCCCAAUGUGGCUGUGGUGAUGGUGGAUGGGUGGCCCACUGACAGAGUGGAGGAGGCCUCCAGGCUGGCCAGAGAAUCUGGGAUCAACAUCUUCUUUGUCACUAUUGAAGCAGCUGCUGAAAGUGAGCAGCAGAAUGUUAUCGAACCAAACUUUGUGGACAAGGCCGUGUGCAGGACCAACGGCUUCUACUCCAUCAAUGUGCCCAGCUGGUUCAGCCUACGCAAGGUGGCGCAGCCCUUGGUGCAGCGGGUCUGCGCCACGGAGCGGCUGGUCUGCAGCAAGACGUGCCUCAAUUCUGCUGACAUUGGCUUCGUGAUCGACGGCUCCAGCAGCGUUGGCACCUCCAACUUCCGCACUGUCCUCCAGUUCGUUGCCAACAUCAGCAAAGAGUUUGAGAUCUCGGACACCGACACGCGUAUUGGGGCCGUUCAGUACACCUACGAGCAAAGGCUCGAGUUCAGCUUUGACAAGUACAGCACGAAGCAGGAUGUGCUGAGUGCUAUUAAAAGGAUAAGUUACUGGAGCGGUGGGACCAGCACGGGAGCAGCCAUCAGUUAUGCCUCAGAACAGCUGUUCAGCAAAUCCAAGCCCAAUAAAAGAAAGAUCAUGAUCCUUAUUACAGAUGGCAGGUCCUACGACGAUGUCAGAGUGCCGGCCAUGGCAGCUCACCAGAAUGGAGUUAUAGCCUACUCUGUUGGAGUUGCUUGGGCAGCCCAAGAUGAACUAGAAGACAUUGCAACAGACCCUGAUAAGGAGCAUUCCUUCUUUGUGGAGGAUUUUGACAAGCUCUACAGUUUUGUCAAUCCGCUCAUCCAAAACAUUUGCACAGAAUUUAAUUCUCAGCCGCGGAACUGA